CCCGAGGGCGGGCCGCCGGUGACAGCUGGGGAGGGAGCGCGGCGCCGGCAGCGAGGUGCGGCUGCCGGGCGGAGACUCGCCGCCAGCUUCGCCGCUCCGGCCGCAUCGCUCCAGCGGGUCCCUCCGGGGCACAAGUGGGACAGGGGCUUGGCGGGGCCCUGCCGCCGGUGCCGGCCGCGGCGCGGAUGAUGUCACUAAUAUUGCUCAGAAAUCCCUCCUUGCUGAUGAAAAAGAGAAUGUGCCAAGAGGACUAGGAGUUGUGGUGUGGAAAGUCCCAGUACAAACGUACCUAGUGACUUAGCUACUUGUGCUGCUCAGUCUUCAUCUCUUUAAGUUAAAACCAAACUCAGCUGCCUCAGAAACCUGUGGACAAGAGCACAAAGGGCAUGAGAGACUGCUCCUAUGAUGGCAGAGAUUUGCGUGAAAGAUUUUGUUGAAUACUACAUGGCUCUUCAAUGCUGAAAGCAGAAGGCAGUAGCUGGUAGCUCAGUGUGGAGCAAAAGAAAUAUUUUAAACUUCAAAAAUAAUUAUGUCAAAGAAAAGCCGUGCCAAGGGAGAGAAGUCCGACAUGGAGACUGAAGCCCUUCAGGCUGCUAAUGAGGAGCUACGAACUAAACUAACCAACAUCCAGAUAGAAUUCCAGCAAGAAAAAAGCAAGGUGGGUAAACUGAGAGAGAAAAUCCAAGAGGUCAAGCAAGAAAGGGAGCAGGAGCAGCACAAACACACUGCCUAUGUUUCUGAACUGAAAGCCAAGCUCCAUGAGGAGAAGAUGAAGGAACUUCAGAGCGUCAGAGAGCUACUGAUCCGGCAGCAUGAGCAGGAGGUAGCGAGGAUGGUGAAAAUCAAAGAUGGUGAAAUUCAGCGUUUGCAGUCGACAGUCAAUGUCCUGCGGGACGGGGCAGCUGACAAAGUGAAGACAGCACUGCUGAGUGAAGCAAAGGAGGAGGCUCGCAAGGCGUUUGAUGGUGAGCGGCUGAAGUUGCAACAGGAGAUCUUGGAGCUGAAAUCUGGCAAAAAGCAGCUUGAAGAAGCUUUGAACAACAUUAUGCAGGCAGAUAAAAUGAAGGCUGCUGACCUGCGCAUGGCUUAUCAGUCCCAUCAGGAUGAGAUUAAUAGAAUAAAGCGGGAAUGUGAGAGAGAGAUCCGCAGGCUGAUGGAUGAAAUAAAAGGCAAAGACAGGGUGAUUCUGGCUCUAGAGAAAGACAUUGGUGUCCAGGCAGGCCAUACUCAGAAACUGCUCCUUCAGAAAGAAGCUUUGGAUGAACAGCUUGUCCAAGUGAAGGAGGCAGAACGAUACCACAGUAGUCCUAAGAGAGAGCUGCCUGCAGGAGUGGGGGAUAUCACCGAACUGAUGGGAAGCCCGGAGCAGCAUUUGGAUGAACGAGAUGUGCGGAGAUUUCAGUUAAAAAUCGCUGAACUGAAUGCUGUAAUAAGGAAGCUGGAAGACAGAAACACUCUCUUAGCAGAUGAAAGAAACGAACUGCUGAAACGUUCUCGGGAGACAGAAAGUCAGCUGAAGCCUUUGGUAGAAAAAAAUAAGAGGCUGAGCAAAAAAAAUGAUGAUAUGUUGCAAUGUAUCCAGAGAAUGGAAGAGAAAAUAAAAAAUCUAUCAAGGGAAAAUGUAGAACUGAAAGAAAAGUUAUCUGCACAACCAGUGCUGAAGAGGCACACAUCUUUGAAUGAUCUCAGCAGCACACGAGAGGAACAAGAAAUUGAAUUCCUUAGACUGCAAGUCAAAGAACAGCAGCAUGUUAUUGAUGAUCUCACAGUGGAAAGGGAACGGUUAUUGCGGUCUAAAAAACAGAGGAGGAAAAGUCUGAAGCCCCCAAAGAGGCAUGUUGUGGAGACAUUUUUUGGAUUUGAUGAAGAAUCUCUUGAUUCAGAAACAUCAUCUGUAACUUCAUAUAACACAGAUAAAACUGACAGGACACCAGCAACACCAGAAGAAGAUUUGGAAGAUAGCACACCUAAAGAAGAAGCUGAACUAAGAUUCUGCCAGCUAACAAGAGAGUAUCAAGCUUUGCAAAGAGCAUAUGCAUUGCUUCAGGAACAAGUUGGUGGAACCCUGGAUGCAGAGAGAGAAGCAAGGACUCGUGAACAACUGCAAGCUGAUCUUCUCAGGUGUCAGGCAAAAAUUGAAGACCUGGAAAAAGCUCUAAUCGAGAAAGGACAGGAUUCAAAAUGGGUAGAAGAAAAGCAGCUGUUAAUCAGAACAAAUCAGGAGUUGCUAGAGAAGAUUUACAGAAUGGAACAAGAAGAGCAUCAGCUGAAGAAUGAGAUGCAAGAUGCAAAAGACCAGAAUGAGCUGUUAGAAUUCAGAGUGCUAGAGCUUGAAGAGAGAGAACGAAGGUCGCCGGCAUUUAAUCUUCAUAUAACCACUUUCCCUGAAAACAAUGGAAGUGCUCUUCAACUGUUCUGUCAGCAGGAAGGAAUAAAGGAUGUGAAUAUAUCUGAACUUAUGAAGAAGCUAGAUAUUCUUGGAGAUAAUGGGAAUUUGAGAAAUGAAGAACAGGUUGCAAUAAUCCAAGCUGGAACUGUGCUUUCCCUCUGUGAAAAGUGGUUAAAACAGAUAGAGGGGACAGAAGCUGCACUGACACAGAAGAUGUUAGACCUGGAGAAUGAAAAGGACCUGUUCAGUAAACAGAAGGGUUAUUUAGAGGAAGAACUCGACUACAGGAAACAAGCUCUGGACCAGGCAUACAUGAAAAUCCAGGAGCUGGAAGCCACGCUGUAUAAUGCCCUGCAGCAGGAUCCAGGAAGGUGGGCAAGCGAGUCGCUGACCGAAGCCCAGAGGGAGGAUUUGCGAGCUGCAGUGGAGAAGGUGCGGCGGCAGAUCCUGAGGCAGAGCCGUGAGUUUGACAGCCAGAUCUUGCACGAGCGAAUGGAGCUGCUGCAGCAGGCACAGCAGCGAAUUCGAGAACUGGAAGAUAAAAUAGAACUUCAGAAGAGGCAACUCAAAGAAAUUGAGGAAAAGCAUUCAUUCUGUGGCCUUGAUGACACAACUAAGCCAAGACGUGUGGCUACUAAAAGAACCUAUGGAGUGAAGAGCUGAGUCCACGUGCAAAACUACAGAAAAUAUUUAUUGAGCAGCUUUAAAUUGGUGCAUUUUUUUUCAUAAAACAGUUUGCAUAAUACUAGAAGCUGCAAAAUAUUUGAAUUUAGAAUUAGAGAUUUUUUUUAAAGAUAUAGCUUCAAGUUGGAAUGAUUUGAUAAUCCAAUAAGGACCAGCACACCAUAAACACUGGAAAAAAAUCUAAACAGAAUUUACACUCUCACACCAAUCAAACACUGGAAAAAAUACAAGUGCAAUUACUGGCUGCUGUGUGAACUGUUAUCUACCAAAUGGUUUUCUUACAGUACUGAGAUUUUUGUCUCCAAACUGCAUGCUUUCAACAAACGUGGUUUGCAUUUCACCCAGGAAACACAGAAUCUCCUUUUUAAUAUCUAUAUAAAAAAGCUAAGUGUUUGACAAUAAGUUCUCUAUAGUAAAUAGCUGACAGGGGAAAAAACUGUUCAAAGACGGAAACAAAUAGAGAUUUACAACCCUGCAGUGGUAAAAUUCAUAUUAAAUUCAUAAACUGGAAAUCAACAGAUGGAGAAGGAUGGGUCUUGGAGAAAGUCAAGAUGGAAGAUUGAAGUAAGGAAACUUUGAAGUGGGUAAGAACUGAGUGGGAGAAAUGAUUUUUUGAAUGUUUCUUGAAAAUUAAGGCAAUAACUUUUAAAGAUAGCACUGGGAGAAUGGAAGAUCCUGAUGUGGCCUGAGAGAUUAGGAAGAAUGCAUGAUGCACUGUGCUCAGCUAUCUCUUCAAGAAUAAAGAGGGGCUUGAAGAAAUGGGUGUGUAGACAAAUGUGAUGAGCAGAGACAAGGUUGGAAAUUAAUAUUUGGAAAUCAUGGCAUUGUCUCAGGUGAAAUAAAUGUUGAUAUUAGCUACCACGAAGCAAAAAUGGCACAACCUCAACCAGCAAAGGUAGUGGAUAAACAAAGAUACUGACCACCUGAACUGCA